AUGGGGGGCUCCGCGCCCCUCCGCCGGGCUCUCAUCGCUCUGUCUAUGCUGCUCAUUGGUGCCGAGGGGCUGCGACAGAUCGCCCAGGGGGACGGCUGCUCCCAGCCGGGUAUGCAGUGCACCAUAAAGAACAAUUCCUGCCUCGACUUUAACUGGUUCCGGCGCUACAGUUGGACUCCGACGGCCCCAUCGAAUAUGGUAGUCACGACGGGAAUCGGGCAGAAUGAGUUGGGUCGUACAGUGGUACGUCUUCAUAUAAACUGGACUGUCAGUGUUGAUGCCAGCAUCCUGGAGCUACAAGGGGUGGAGAUCACCGUGGUAGAACGCUCCACCCAAGUGACUCGCUGCAUCCAAUACCAGUUCAAUAAUACAUUCCCCUCACAGCGCAAUCCAAAUGGGCAACCGUGGCAGUUUUACUACAACAACUUUGAAGUAAUUCCAGGCCAUACUUACAUUGUGACUGUGCAGCACCUACCCAGACAAGGAGGAGAUAAUUCCAAGGUGCAAGAGUUCACUGUGCCAUGGUGUGAUGAAGGGGACAUGAUACAGACAGACACAUGCUGUGAUCUAGGAUUUUGUUGGUUUCCAAAUAUUACUAUAAAACACCAAGAGGAAAAUCUAAUUGUCGAAUUCAGCUCACGAUGGAAUGCCAAAGAAUAUGGAGUACAAGUGAAAGUCAGAGAUUCACCAGAUAACACAUUUAUCCAUGUUAUUCUCCAAGAGGGCCCACCUAUUCAGCGCGUUCAAGUUACUUUCCCUCAUAUUGGGGGUCACAUAGAUAAGGAAUGUGUGUACAACAUUUCGGUGUGGCCUUACAUGCCAUCGUGUGCUACUGACUGCGUACGUCUGUACCAUGUACCUCCUUUUGUGCCACGGAAACACCACCCCCUCCAGAUCCAGUAGAACGUUGGUACUUGUGGUCUGUGGCCAUCCUGCCGACCAUUAUAUUGUUUGUCGGUAUUAUCCUGGCAUUACGAGCUAAAGAUUGCUUCAACCUUUCAGAGAAAGUCACACCAAGUCCACUGGGAUCUCCCGGUAAGGGGGAAGGAACUCCAACCAGAAAGAAGGUGUGGUUGGUGUACUCUGCAGAUCAUGGACACUAUAUUAAAGUGGUGAUAAGGUUGGCCGAUUUUAUGCGGUCAGCGUGGGGCAUGGAUGUGGUGCUAGACCGCUUUCAUGUUCUAGAAAUGAGCGCCAUAACUCCCAUGGCUUGGUUGGACCGCCAAAAAGAUGAAAUAAAGAAAACAAAUGGGACAAUUCUAAUCCUUUGUUCCAGAGGGGUGCAAGAGAAGUGGAAGGCGAUGCAGAAUGUUAAGAAGCAAAAGAUGACUUUGAGGGAAGACCGAGAACAUCCAAUAGAGGACCUCUUUACCCCUACACUAUCACUCAUUCUCCCAGACUUCCAGAAAACAAUGCCCUAUGGUCAUUAUGUGGUAGCAUAUUUCAGCAGCAUCUCCACUCCAGCAGACAUACCCUCACUGCUGGAAAUCUGCCCAAAAUAUUCAUUGACUGAAAAUCUGCAAGAACUUUUCUUCCGGAUACAGAGACAGGAGCAGCACCAACCACAUGUACAGCUAACUGUCAGCCAUGAAGAACAUCCAAGCUACCGACGUUUAGUAAAGGCGAUAGGGAGGUGCAGCGAAUGGCAGAAAUGUAACUUGGGUUGGUUUGAGAAAGAGUGUUUGUUGAUACCAGUUGAGGACAUAGAAGACACAGAGGAGGAAGAGGAUAUGGAUGAUAACAUCACCCGCAAAGUCUGCCCAAGGAUACGUUUCCCUGAAACUUCAGUCUAUGUGGUGGAACCACUUAUCUCGAAGCCAGAUUCAGUCAAGGUUUUAGAUCCCACAAUUGUGAUUGGAGCUUCAAGCACCCAAGUUGAACCUUACCUGUCUGAUACAGAUCCAUUGGUGUCAGUUGUACAACCAUUACUUCCAGAAGUAACAUCAGCAGUAGUCUGCAUUCAGGAACCACGCUUGAUAGGAGAAGAUCCAUUACUGGGAGAACUCAAUAAAGGUCUACUGAGGCAAGAAGUAUCUAUCCAAUCUGACCAUGGUGUCCUGUCUAUAGAACAGCUCAGGGAAGCCCAAGAGAGAUUUUUCCAGAAUUCCUUGGAAGAUCCAAAUAUGUUUUCUGCCAUGGAAUUUAUGGAUGCUUCAGGUCAAGAUUUAGUGGACCCUAUCUUUGAUAUGGCUAGAGAUCAGCCAGUUAAAGCUGGUGAUCAGCUCCAUGAAAUUUUCCUUGAUGGACAGUUAAUUACCCCUGCAGUGGACCCUGAUACAAGUCUGCCUGAUAGGCAUUCUGUACAACUUGCAGACCAGGGAUACAGCACAUGGAACCCAUAUGAGAUGGACUUAAAAGCAAUAAAAAUGGAGUCGUUGAAACUCUUUCUUCAAAAUGAGGGGGGUUUACUGAAUUUUGAACAAGUAUGA